UAGUCGUGUAGUAAGUAAUAACCUCCUCGGUUUGAUUAGAAAAGCAAAAUUCUAGAGUUUUCUGCUUGUUUAAUUUCAUCACCAAGAGAAUAAGUUGCAAAGCUGCUCUUGGAAAACUUCAGCCAACAGCUUCGCUCAGGUUUUUUCAGCUGGUUCAACCAAGUCAUAAAAUUUUCAGCAUUCUGGUAAGGAACAAACAAAGAGAUGAGUUAUAUAGUGGAAUAUUUGAUUGAAAAAUUGGGAGAUCAAGUGUUCUCAGCUCUUGUGGAAGAAACAAAAUUUGCACUUGAUUUCAGAAGUGAGUUGGACUCAAUGAAGACACAGAUUGAGAUUAUGAAGGCUUUCCUAAGUGACACAGAAAAUCUCAAGAGUAAGACUGAGACUCUCAAGACGACUUUGGUUAAAAUAAGAGAUCUUUUCUAUGAAGCUGAUAACAUAAUGACAGACUGCCUGCUUAGAGAUAAAUAUCGUCAAGAUGGAUUCUGCGCCAAAUACUCUCCUCAAGAAUUGGUCUUCAAGAUUGAAACAGGCCAGAAGUUGAAAGAUAUUAACUCAAGAUUGAAGAAAGCAGAGGAAAUAUUGAGAGCCUAUUUGACGCCUCAAUAUCCAAGCAUCCAAGGUGAUGUUACAUACCAAGUUUCAGGAUUUACCUCACAAGAAUUUGAUCCAUCUGAGAUAAUCGGAUUGGAGAAUGAUAUAGAAGAGAUAAAAGGGUGGAUCUCUAGCAAUGAUGAGGAGCUUCACCGAGUUGGUAUAGUCGGGAUGGGAGGUUUAGGCAAAACAACCAUUGCUCAGAAAAUUUUCAAUGACAUAGAGGUAUCUAUUCAGUUUGAGAAGAAGAUUUGGGUGUCGGUUUCUCAAAAUUUUAAUGAGGAAAGUAUCAUGAGGAGCAUGUUGGAGCAAUUUGGCCAGGAUAGCUCUGGAUCUGAUAAGGGUCAGAUGUUGAGCAAAAUUCACCGUGUACUUAAAGAUCAGACCUGUCUCAUCGUUAUGGAUGAUGUCUGGAGCAUGAAUCUAGAUUGGUGGAAAAAGUUAUUUUCCGCUCCACCCAAAUCGACAGAUAGAAGAAGUUGCAUCAUAAUCACAACUAGAAAUGAAGAGGUGGCAGCCAGUAUGGGGGUGCAGAAUUCAAAAAUUCAUCGUCCCAAAGUUCUAAAUGAAAAUGAAAGCUGGUCACUAUUCAGGUUGUUUGCUUUUUCUGCAAGCAAGGGAGACUGUCCAAAUUCCGAGUUUGAAAAAGUGGGCAGAGAUAUUGUGAGUAAGUGUGCAGGACUUCCAUUGGCAAUCAAGACAAUAGCAGCCUUACUAGCAUCGAAAAUCCAUUCCGUGGGUGAGUGGAAAAAAAUUAAUGAAAAUUUUCAUGAAUUGACGAGAGAAAAUUAUAGUUCUAUUACUUCUGUUACAGCUUCUCUGCAACUAAGCUAUGAUCAACUCCCUAGUCAUCUGAAGCUGUGUCUCUUGUGUUUCUCCAUUUAUCCUGAAGACUUUGACGUACGGGCGGAUCAAUUAGUCCGUUGGUGGGUUGGCGAGGGUCUUGUCCACGACAAGAACACAAAGACUGCAACCGAAUUGGGCUUUGAAUAUCUGUCUGAACUUGUAAGCAGAUGCCUGGUAGAUGUUGUACAACGACGUGGAUAUGAUGGGACGGUCUACAGUUGCAAGAUGCAUGAUCUGGUCCGUGAUAUGACCAUUAAGGUUGCAGAAGAUGAGGCAUUUUGCAGCUUUGAUGGAAAAGGCAAGCAGAUGUUCACAGUAGAUUCCCGGUGGUUGGGUUUUUCCAGUGACAUGGACCCUAAAUUAUGGAAAAAAAAUUCAAAGCUCAGGGCAUUGUUACUUGUAUCAAGCAAUCAAGUCCCUCUCAAUAGGAAUUUGGAGUUUCUCAAGUCACUAAGGGCGCUGGAUUUUUCAUACAACAAGCUAGAUACAGUUGAAGUAGAGAAGCUCUGGGGUUGGAUCAGUUCCCUCAAGCGCCUAGGAUAUUUGAACUUAAGUGGAGUCGCAGGCCUGAAGGAAGUGCCAUCUUCUAUUCAAAAACUCCGCAAUCUCCAGCUUUUAGUUUUAACAGAAUGCAAUAAUUUAAUCAGAGUGCACCAAUCAAUUACUAAUUUGAAGAGGCUGGUUGUCUUGGACUUAGGAUCUUGUCGCCACCAGUUCCUACCUCGGGGACUAGAGAGGCUCUCUAAUCUCCGUGAACUUUCCGGAUUCAGGUUGGCUAGUCAGGCUAAUACGCAAAGCUGUAAACUUCUUGAACUUGAGAAACUGGUUCAGCUGAGAGUUCUGCGUAUAAAUGUAAAUAGUGAGAGUGAGAUCUCCGAAAAUGAAUAUGAAGUCCUUUCACAUCUCAAGAAUCUUCUAGUUUUUUCAAUUGACGCAGAAGAUUGUAAAGACAAGAAAAUCUUCGAGAUGCUAGAUCGACUUUCCCCUUCUCCAAGGCUUCAGGAGCUGUAUCUUCGGCGUUACAGACAUGAAGUCAUGCCAGAAUGGUUUAAUCCUGAACAGCUUUCCACUUUGCAAUAUCUUUGUAUAGAGAAUGGAGACCUUGCCAACAUCAAAAUGAAUCCUGAAUUUGAGGUUGGCAGUUACUCCGCCUGGAACAUUGAAGGUUUAUGUUUGAAGUUCUUGCCCAACUUGAAGGAAGACUGGAAGAACUUGGAGCUGAAUAUGCCUCAGUUGCGUUAUGUGGAGGUCAGCCGGUGUUUCAAUUUGAAAAAUUUUCCAUGUUCCGUUGACAAGCCGGCAGUGUGGAGGAAAAAUAAAUACUGAGGAAGCUGUAAUGGCGAGACAAAAGGAAGAGCACCAGUUCCCUGAAGUCUUUCUGUGAAAUAAUUGGAUCCUAUUAUUGUCAAAUGUGCUCUGUUUGGACAUGUUUUACGGUUGUGAUGUUUAUUUGUUGUUUUA